AUGUACCAUGAUCAUGUUGCAGACGUAUCAACAUCAGACCGAGGCAGACGGGACGAGUUCUGGCGCAAGAUCCCAUGGUGGCAAGACAUAUCCACAGAGGACUUCCUGAGUUAUCGUUGGAGCAGUAGAAACAUGGUCGAAAGACUUCCGAAGCUGCGAGGCUUUCUUGAUGCGACCUUGCCCGAGAACAUCCCUGUCCGUGGUUCCAGCAGUGAGAUGGAGCCUCGAAACAAGCUUGUCAACGACGUCCUCGCAGGAAUCAAGAAGGCAACCAUGUCUGUUCGGCUUACCCCGUAUGUUCUCAGUCGUAUCGACUGGACUGACCCUCGCAACGAUCCCAUCUUUCGCCAGUUCAUCCCGACUCAGUCUUCGAUGGUACCGGAUCAUCCGCGACUGACGCUUGAUUCUCUGCACGAGGAGGCCGAUUCACCAGUCCCUGGUCUCGUCCAUCGGUACCCAGACAAGGCUUUAUUUCUCCCUGUGUCCGUCUGUCCGACAUAUUGCAUGUUCUGCACUCGAUCCUACGCAGUAGGUGCCAACACCGAAACCGUCGACAAGCAUUCAUUCAAGCCCAUCCUUGCCAGAUGGGAGAAGGUGUUCCAGUACAUCGAGAAUACACCGGAUCUGCAGGACAUUGUAGUCUCUGGAGGCGACUCUUACUACUUGGCGCCUCACCAAAUCGAACUGAUUGGUGACAGACUGAUCUCGAUGCCCAACAUACGUCGCUUCCGGUUUGCCUCAAAGGGACUUGCCGUUUGCCCGACUCGGAUUCUUGAUCCCAACGAUACUUGGGUUGAUGCCCUUGUCUCUGUGUCCAACAAGGCGAGGAGGGCUGGCAAAGCGGUGGCGCUCCACACCCACUUCAACCACCCCAAUGAGAUCUCCUGGGUCAGUGAGGAGGCCAGCCAGAAGCUAUUCGCAGCCGGGGUCGUGGUACGGAACCAGACCGUGCUGCUCCGCGGGAUCAACGAUGAUGUAGGCACCAUGUCAAUGCUCAUCCGUAAGUUGGCGAAUAACAACAUCCUCCCGUACUAUGUCUAUCAGUGUGACAUGGUCAAAAUGGUGGAGCACUUGCGAACGCCUCUGCAAACGAUUCUCGACUUGGAGUCUAAGAUCAGGGGUUCGAUUGCUGGUUUCGUGAUGCCGCAGUUUGUAGUGGAUCUCCCUGGAGGUGGUGGCAAGCGCUUGGCAAGCACUCAUAGAUCGUACGACCGCAAGACGGGUAUAUCAACGUAUGUGGCACCUGCAGUGACGGGUCGUGACAAGGACAACAAGGUGUAUGAGUACCACGACCCCAUCGACUUUCUUCUCGAGACCCAACCAACCGAUCUUCUGUAUGGGGCGUCCCGACACACUGGUUGA